UGUCCGGGUCCGUGGCGCCGGUGCGCCUCGCCGCCGCGCCCGCGAUGCGGCUCCCCACGGGGGCCCGCGCGGCGCUCCUCGUGGCGGCCGCGUGGGGCCUGCGCGGCUCGUGCUCGCCGCAGGAGGACGCCCCGGAUGCCGAGGCCUGCGAGGCGCGCGCGGCCACGGCCUCGCUCCUGCAGACCGCCGGCGGCAGCGUGCUCCAGGCGAGCGCCGCCCUCGCGGACGCAGAGCGGCAGCAGGCCGCGCUGGGCCAGAGGCUCGGGCGCUUCCAGGAGUCGCUGGCUGCCUCUGCGUCGCUGCGGGCCCUGGCGCGCCUCCGGUCCCGCUUGGAGCUGCUGACCGCUGUGGACAUCUUCUUGAUCCCCCUGGGGCUGGGCGUCGCCGCCGGCUUCUGCUUCGUGUACCGUGGCACGGGCAAGCGAGAUGAUACAUAGCUGGAGGGCCGCGGAUGCCACCCUGAAGCAUUGUUCGUCUUUGUCGUUCGAGUUCGCUUCCAAACCUGAGCGGCAGGUGAUGGCUUGUUCUUGCAUGUAGAUGGUGGUGCGAGGUGUUCGAGCAUGUUAGUGUCGCAAGUAUUGUGUAGAGCAUGCUUGCGCCACAGGAACAGUGAGUUCAGACGCUGACCAAGACGUUACGCC